AAGACACCGCCGCGACCUCGUCCUCGCUCCCCCACACCGAGCCCACCUUCCUCCCCCGCCCCGCCACCGCCACCGCCAGCCGGCCGGCCGUGAUCCCUCCUCCCUCCCCCGACGCCGCUGCCCGCCCCGCCCGCCGCCGCAUUCUCCGGUCCAGAUCCAGGGCCCUCGUAGAGUCUCCUCCGCUCGACCUGCCCUUCCCCCCUCGGAUCAGAUUGGUUGCCGCACAUCCUCAUGGGUGAAGAGGCUGUCCACUUCAGCGUCGUCGACGCCAAGGACUGCAAACAGAGUGCCGUUGACGUCGGCGAUAAGACGUAUGUUAUCUGUAGAUCAGAUGAUGACUCGAAAACAUCCGUUGUUAAAAUUCACGACAAGCUCACUCAUACUUGGGUUGUACCCACAAUACUUGGGAAACAGCCACUUCUAACCAAGUCGCAGUCUGCGAUUCCUGUCGGUGAUGAGAAGAUAUUGGUUAUCGAGAAGGGUGUUCCCUUGAAUGAGUCCAUCUGGUUCCUUGAGAUAGACACCCCCUUUGUUAAGCAGCAACGGAAAAUCAAGGGAACAGAAGUUGUUUCUUGGAGCAAGGGAGUAAUCGGCGUCGGCCAAAAACCAGUUGUGAUUAGUGGUCCUUCUGGUGUUGGUAAAGGGACAUUGAUUGCAAAGUUGAUGAAAGACUAUCCAUCGAAGUUUGGAUUUUCUGUUAGCCACACUACAAGAUCUCCAAGGGAGAAGGAAAUAGAUGGUGUUCACUACCACUUCACAGAACGCAGCAAGAUCGAGAAAGAUAUAAGCGAGGGAAAAUUUCUUGAGUUUGCUCAUGUUCAUGGAAAUGUAUAUGGCACAAGUAUUGAAGCAGUUGAAUCUGUAACUGACGAGGGAAAGAGGUGUAUUCUCGACAUUGAUGUCCAAGGAGCUCGAUCCGUGAGGGCUUCUUCUCUUGAAGCAAUAUUCAUCUUUGUAUGCCCUCCAUCGUUCGAGGAACUAGAGAAGCGCCUUCGGGCACGGGGUACUGAAACAGAGGAGCAAAUCCAGAAACGACUCAGAAAUGCUCGGGCUGAACUUGAUCAGUCCAAUGAACAAGGUCUCUUUGAUCAUCUUUUGGUCAAUGAUGACCUUGAGACAUGCUAUGAGAAUUUGAAGAAGUUGCUUUCUCUGGAUGAUGACCAGGAAGAUUCAGAUGAUUUUUUUACCAAGGAGGGCAAAGAAACUGCAGGUUACUCUAUCGUGUCCAAAACUGUCUCAGAAAUUUUGUUGCAAUCUGAGACUAAUGAAGUAAAAAACGGAGCUGCAUGCUUGCUGGCUCUUGAUUUGUCGUCUCUCUCAGGCGGUGCGCCUGGACGCACAAGGGGCCUUAAGAUACGCUCAGUUAACUCCUUGACAAUGGCUUAUAUUGGUGUUUUAGAUGACCCAAAGCAUUCUUCAAAAUGAUACUGCAGAAGUACUGACUUGAAUUUUGGAUCAAUCAAUUCCCAUGAGAUGACUGCUUCAAAAACAUCUUAGUUAGGAAAAAGAAGGAAACAAGCAUGGAAUUUAUUUCCGUUUGUUAUUUGUUUAGGUGCCACAAGGAGGCGAGAUCAUAGCAAGGGAUUGUUGUACCUUAUUUUUGAAGGGAUUAUGUACUUUUUCUGCUGUUGAGAAGUAUUUGUUGGUCGGAUAAUGUGAUGGGAGCCUAUCUGAAUGUUCCUUUCACAGCGGUCUGAAUAACAUUCAGCUCAUUGCUGGAUUAUGUUGUGAUUCUCUCAACUCUUUGAUUAUGUUGCACCUAACUAUAACUCUAGUGCUGAUCAAAGA